AUGAAGGUAUCAACACAUGGAAAUCGUACAUCAUUUGGAACACCUUUAUUUCAACCAAAUUUUAAUGAGCAAUCAAACCAUUAUGAUUUUCAAUCAGAUGUACCUCGAAUGUCUUUAUUAGAUGAUAUUGCAAGACAAAAACAAAGUGUGUUAAGAACACCCCAGCCAAGAAAGUCAUUCUCUAUAAAACAAAACGAUUUUUUAAAUACAUUUAAUUCUAAUUCUACAUUUGGUGCAUUACCACAAAAUAUUAAUGAAGAAGAUUCUGUCAUUCUUCGUGAUUGUUCUAUGAAACAAACACCAGAGAUUCUUGAAGCAAUUCAACCUUAUGGUAAGGUUAUUGGAAUUGAAGAUGCUGGAGAGUUUGGAGUAAAAAUUAAAUUUGUUUCAAGAGAAAGUGCAAGAGAUUUAUUAUUAAUGAGAAGAAUAAUUAUUGAUGGCAAGCCAUGUGAAACUCUUGACAUUCCAACUUUCAUGAACCUUCAACGUAUCAGCCAAGCGUCAAAGACCAAUCUCAUUUUUAUCCAAUACCAAUCAUUUUUUGCUAAAUUUGUUGAAUUCUUAAGAGGAUUGUGGAAUUGA